AAAUCAUCUUCCAUUAACAAUGACUGCUAGAGAUGAACUGGCGGCAAUAGUUUAAUGGAAUCAUUCAAGAAAACCGUCCUUUAUCUCCUCCUAAACAAAUUUUUUUAGUGUAAUUUUUCCUUCACCAAUAGAACCCUAACUACCUCCACUUAACUCACUGUCACUGGUCACUACUACCAUCUGCCAUUUAUCUCACAGUUCCUCACUCACCAACCAGAAGAAGGGGGCAAAAGAUAGAGAAAAAAAGGAAAAAAAAAAUAAAAUAAAGAAAAAGAAAACUACAUGCCCAGUUUGAUUAGCAUCCGUUUUCUGGCUUUAGAUUGAAAGGGUAGAUGCUGAUAAUUGAUGGGCUGCAUUUCUUGAUUUUUCUUGCUUUUGUGGGAUUUACAGAAAUGGGCUGUGGGGUAGCUUGGUGAAGAAAAAAGGUGGAACAAGGCCAUAAUUGUUGCAGCAGUUUUUUGGUUUUGUGUUCUUAUCUUGGAUAAUUUUUGUCGGUAUAUAAAAUUAGCCGUAUCGCAGGUAAAUUGCUCACACGGAGAAAAAAUAUGAAUAGGAGAUAAGAAAGAGAAAGUACCCAGAAAACAUAGAAGUGAACUUCAGUUCUGCCAAGGCACGUGUUGUGUCAUCCACUGCUUAGAUUAUCGCCCGCCUGGAUUCGAUUUUGCAAGGAUUUGAAGAGUUGGAAGAGAGUUGACCGAAAUGAGGAACAAAGAUUUGAAUGGCUAUUUUAUGGCCUUAACUUUUGUGGGUGUUGUGCUUUUGGGGAAAGCAGAAAUAUACAUUGUGAGACUUGAAGGAGAGCCUGUGGUGAGCUAUAAAGGUGGCGUUAACGGGUUUGAAGCCACUGCAGUUGAUUCUGAUUCUGAUCAAAAGAUCGAUUUCGCCAGUGACAUGGUCAUAUCCUAUGCCCGCCAUCUAGAAAAGAGGCACGAUAUGCUUCUUGGCAUGCUUUUCGACAAAGGGACCUACAAAAAACUCUAUAGCUACAAACACCUAAUCAAUGGGUUUGCAGUUCACACUUCGCCUGAUCAGGUGGCAGAGGUACUCAGACGAGCACCAGGCGUAAAGUCAGUGGAAAGAGACUGGAAAGUGAGAAGGCUUACAACACACACACCACAGUUUUUGGGCCUUCCGACUGGCGUGUGGCCCACCAGAGGUGGAGAGGAUCGGGCUGGAGAGGAUGUCGUGAUAGGUUUUGUGGAUUCGGGAAUAGAUCCUCAGCACCCAAGCUUCGCAGCACACCAAAGUGUAUAUGGGCCUCUCUUUAAGUACAGAGGCAAAUGCGAGGUGGAGCCAAGGACGAAGAAUGAAUUUUGUAACGGGAAGAUUAUUGGAGCCCAGCAUUUUGCUGAGGCUGCUAAAGCUUCUGGUGAAUUUAAUCAGGAUGUCGAUUUUGAUUCUCCUCUAGACGGUGAUGGGCAUGGAAGUCAUACAGCAGCUAUUGCAGCUGGUAACAACGGGAUACCAGUGAGAAUGCAAGGAUAUGAAUUCGGACGAGCAAGUGGAAUGGCGCCUCGUGCUAGGAUUGCUGUAUACAAGGCACUCUACAGAUUGUUCGGAGGAUUUGUUGCAGAUGUGGUUGCCGCCAUUGAUCAGGCAGUUCAUGAUGGUGUCGAUAUCCUAAACCUUUCGGUGGGGCCCAACAGUCCCCCAACUAAUACGAAGAUCACGUACCUAAACUCUUUCGACAUAACCCUUCUUUCGGCUGUGCAAGCUGGAGUAUUUGUAGCUCAGGCAGCUGGGAAUGGAGGCCCUUCACCUAAGACUAUGGUGUCUUACAGCCCGUGGAUAACAACUGUAGCUGCUGCAGUUGAUGAUCGACGAUAUAAAAAGCACUUGACUUUGGGAAACGGAAAAAUUUUAGCUGGACUUGGUUUGUCGCCUUCAACUCCUGUGAACACAACAUUUCCCUUGGUUGCUGCUACUGAUGUCUUAUUGGAUCCUUCUGGAAAUAAAUAUGCCUCUGCCGACUGCCAAAACCCUUCGGUUCUCAACAAAAACUUGGUGCAGGGGAAAAUCCUUCUUUGUGGUUACUCUUUUAAUUUUGUCUCUGGAACUGCCUCAAUAAAAAAAGUAGCCGAGACUGCUAAAAGCCUCGGUGCAGUUGGCUUUGUCCUUGCUGUCGAAAGUGCUUCUCCCGGAACAAAAUACGAUCCCAUCCCCACUUCUAUUUCUGGGAUUCUCCUCUCAGACCCUAUUAAAUCAUCGAUGCUUAUAGACUAUUACAAGAGCUCUACAGUUAGAGAUUGGAGCGGAAGGGUAAAGAGCUUUAAAGCAAUGGGAAAAAUUGAGGACGGUCGAAUGCCACGUUUCUAUAAGUCUGCACCACAAGUAGCUGUCUUCUCGGCCCGCGGGCCCAAUAUCCAAGAUUACAGUUAUACUGAUGCGGAUCUCUUGAAACCGGACAUUUUAGCCCCUGGCUCUCUAAUUUGGGCUGCUUGGUCUCCCAACGGCACAGACGAAGCGAAUUUUGUCGCAGGAGAAAGAUUUGCCAUGAUAUCGGGCACGAGCAUGGCAGCGCCCCAUAUAGCCGGAAUAGCUGCACUUGUGAAGCAAAAGUACCCUCACUGGAGUGCAGCUGCAAUUAAGUCGGCCCUUAUGACAACGGCCACAACAAUCGAUCGAGCUGAGAGACCACUUCAGGCACAACAGUACUCGGGCUCUGAGUCGAUAUCUUUCGUCCCUGCAACGCCUCUUGAUUAUGGGAGUGGGCACGUGACUCCUAGAGCAGCUCUUGAUCCGGGACUCGUUUUGGAUGCAGGUUACGAAGACUACAUGGGUUUCCUCUGCACCACGCCAGGCGUCAACCGAGACGAGAUUCGAAACCACACACUUACACCUUGCAACUAUACCCUCGGCCACCCCUCAAACUUCAACUCCCCUUCAAUCACAGUUGCUCACCUUGUUGGGACCCGCACAGUCAAGCGAAUUGUGACCAAUGUCUAUUCAGAAGAAGAAACUUACGUGAUCACAGCUCGAAUGGCUCCAGCCAUAGCCAUCGAAACCAAUCCUCCGGCCAUGACCCUUAGGCCAGGAAGCUCUCGAGAAUUCACUGUCACACUCACCACACGAUCCAUAACCGGAGCCUACAGCUUUGGCGAGGUCUUGCUGAAAGGCAGCCGAGGCCAUAAGAAAGGAUGCGUUAAGGUGGGUUUGGGGAGGAAUGUAAAGUAUUUGAAGUUUAGUGUGUUGAGGAGGGAAGAUUUGUGGUUUGGUUUCUUCCAAAUCUCUUAA